AUGGGGUAUUGGAGUCAAGAGAGAUACACAAGUUGGGUUCCUUAUGAUAUACCUUCUCCUUUUCCUUAUAAUCGUGGGGACGGACCAGAUCUUCAACGGGUAUUACAAAAUUUAUACUCACUUAAAUUGAAAUUAAGAAGUAUCGACGAUGUAGGCUUAAUUCCGAUGGAUACCCGUAAUUACCUUCGUUGGGCGUUUAAAGCCAUCUGCUCAUGUGCACUUAAUAAAAACCUUCCCAAUCCAAUGAUUCGCGAAAGUUUAGAUGUUGCAUUUUCAGAUAUUCUCGACAAUAUCAUUCCGCAAAUCGAACUUGGCAACCCCGCACCAUUUAUUCCGCUUCGAGAGAACAUUUUAGAAUUGCUUUUAGAUCACAGAGAUAUCGGAACGAUCUGUCAAGAGUUACAAAGCGAUUUAGAGGAAUACAUUCAAUUCACAUUCGAAUUUUCCUAUGGAAUGGGAAGAUUGGCGAUAGUCUUAUUUACACAAUAUCCGAACAGUAAAUAA